CAAUUUGCGCCGCACCACAACAGCCAGCAUGGUGUUUUUGACGCUCGAAGAUCUCAAGAUCUCGUUCAACCUCUUCUGCGUCGUGUACGGCAUUGGUACGCUCGGCAUGCCAGCCAACUACGCCCGCGCCGGCUACUACUGGGCGACGGCGGCCGUCCUCUUGAUGGCGGCCAUCAACCUCUACUCGACGGUGUGCGUCUCCAAGGUCAUGCUCGCGGCGCCCAAGUACGUCAAGACGUACGGUGACAUGGGCGAAUGGGUCUACGGCAAGCCGGGUCGCUACAUCACGACGCUCUCGCAGCUCCUUGUGUGCUGCAUGGUGCCGAUUGCCUUCCUCGUCCUCGGCGGCUCGCUCCUUGACGUGCUCUUCCCCGAGACGUUUUCGCCCGAGACGUGGAUCAUCCUCAUGGCCAUCACGCUUUUGCCCAUCUGCAUGAUGCCGUCGCUCAAGGAAAGCGCCGGUACGGCCGCUGCGGGUGCGCUUGGCACGCUCCUCGCCGACUUUGUCGCGCUCUACGUCCUCCUCAACAGCAUGGACAACAUCCCCGCGGGUCUCUCCACGCCCAAGCCCGCGCUCUCGUUCGAUGGCGUCACGUCGGUCUUUGGCAACCUCUCGCUCGGCUACUCGGCCGGUGUCGUCAUCCCGGCGCUCCAGCGCGAACACACGCAGCCGGAGCGCAUGCCGCGUGUCAUUCUCUUUACGCUCGGUGUAUGCUCGGUGCUCUUCCUCUUCAUCUCGCUCGCGGGUGUCCACAACGUCGGCUGCCAGAUUCCGGGCAACCUCCUCUUUGCCAUCACGGGCACCAAGCUCGGCUUCACGGCGCCCCGGGGUGGCAUCGUCCUCGCCUUCCUCUUCAUGCAGCUCCACUGCUCGAUCGCGUUUGCGGUCAUCCUCUUCCCGACGUUCUACAUCUUCGAGCGCAUCAUCCUCGGCUUCCACAAGCAGCACUUUACGCUCGAGCCCGAGGCCGCCGAGUACCACGACAUUGAGACGCCGGCCGAGGACAAGGCGGUGGUCGAGAAGGACGCCGAGCCGAUCGAGGCCGAGGACAAGCCCAUCAUCUACGCGACGCGCCGCGACUACCUCAAGGCAUGCAUCAUGCGACCACUUUAA